AUGGCGUCUGCCCUGCAGACUAGGCUGGAGGCUAUCGAUGGUGCCUCCAGUGAUUCAGCGCAGCAGCUGCGGGCGCUGUUGACGGGCGAAGGUCCCAACGAUGGAGAGAGUGUAAAGGUCAAGGAGAGCGCCCUCACCCGCCUGUGCGAGGUCUUGGUCUCCUCGAAAGAUGCAGAUGCUCUCAGCAGUCUGCUCCUGGACUUGCGCCCGCUAUUCGCUGUCAUCCCCAAGGCCAAGACCGCCAAGAUCAUUCGCACAGUCAUCGAUGCCAUCUCCCGAGUGCCCAACUCGACGCAGCGCCUGCUGGAGGUGUGCAGAGCCCAGGUGGAGUGGGCUGCGGCUGAGAAGCGAUCCUUCCUGCGGCAACGGCUGGAGACCAGGCUGGCAGGCUUGCUGCUGGAGAUCAAGGACUACCCCGCUGCCCUGUCCCUGCUGAGCAAGCUCUUGUCGGAGGUGAAGAAGCUGGAUGAUAAACUCCUGCUGGUGGACAUCUACCUCCUGGAAAGCCAGGCCCACCAUGCACUGAAGAACCUGCCCAAGAGCCGGGCGUCCCUGACGGCUGGCCGGGCUGCGGCCAACGCCAUCUACGUGCCCCCCUCCACGCAAGCCGACCUCGACACGCAGAGCGGCCUCCUGCACUCUGAGGAGGGCGACUUCACCACCGCCUACAGCUACUACUAUGAGGCGUACGAGCAGUACGCGGCCCUUUCCUCCCCACGCGCCCUGCCCCUGCUCAAGCUCAUGCUCCUGGCGAAGAUCAUGAAGGGAGACGUCGCGGAGGUGCCGGCCAUCAUCAACAGCAAGACCGGCGCCACAUCGACGGAGAGUCGCGAGGUGGCCUCCAUGCGCGCCGUGGCUGAGGCUUACGAUUCCCGCAGCCUGCACGACUUCCAGGCGGUCCUCGAGGAGUACCCGGAGCAGCUGACGGAGGAUGUGAACGUAUCCACCCACCUUGCCCAGCUGUACAGCACGCUGCUGGAGAAGAACCUGCUGCGCCUGAUCGAGCCCUUCUCGCGCGUGGAGGUGGCCCACAUCGCCAGGCUCAUCGACCUGCCCCUGCCCACCAUCGAGGCCAAGCUUUCCCAGAUGAUCCUGGACAAGCAGCUCGCAGGCACGCUGGAUCAGGGGGCCGGCCUGCUGGAGGUGUGGGAGGAGGGCACCGAGGACGAGGUCUUCCCCCCUGCCCUGGCGGCCUUUGAGAACAUCGGGCGGGCAGUGGACUUGCUGCACGCCCGCUCCCUCAAGCUCAUGGCUGUUGCCAACUGA